UAUUUAAGCUUCAACUCUUCGCAGCUGUCCUCACUCUGCUCUGACCUAAGAGACAACAUCAUCAUCAUCAUCAUCAUCAUCAUGAAACUCAUUGGCCUGCUGCUGCUGCUGGGUCUUGCCUCAGUGGUGGAGGGAGAGGUGGUCGUAUCUUUUCUUUCCUCUUGUCCAGACUUUUUUAUCAAGGACCAGAAUGACAAUCCCGUUACUCCAACUGUACUGUCCCCGGAGUCGAGGUACAAACAGAUUUGCCAGAAGUACAAAGGCAAAAGGAGUUCCCUAAAUCAAGACUGGUCGCUGAUGAGAACGAACCGUUCUACAUUAUUUCAGCUAUUUGAUACUCACUCUCACACGGACACUGACAAGAGCAACAAAUCUACAGGCUAUCGAUAUGCUACCCUCUACGACAACGACAACAGAAUUCCGGUAUACUCUGCCUACCUGUACACGGACUAUGCCCUCACCAACAGAACGACUCCUUGGAUGAUUGAGCCUCAGCUUGAUGGCCACUCACAAGAGGAAAUGACCACCGAAGAGAAUGUGGAUGGACAAUUGGGCACGAAUCAGGCUUUGAAUGGGGAUUACUUGUACAGAGACAAAGGUUACGAGAGGGGACACCUGUACCCCCGUUGCCAAAACUGUGAUCAAGACCAGGUGGAAUCUACUUUCACCCUCACCAACGCUGCUCCACAGACAGCCCAAGAUAGCAAACGGUGGUAUGACCAGGUGGAGAAGAAAAUAGCUCAGAGAAUGUCAGAUAAGUGUAGCGAAAGAACAGCCUUUGUUGUGACUGGGGUCGUUCCAGGAGGCAAAUAUUUAGGAAGGUUUAGUUUUUUAUUUAUGAAUGACCACGGAGUGGUAGUAGCCAGUCACUUCUGGUCAGCUUUCUGCUGUAAAGACAAGUACGACCAGAACACGUUGAUAUCAGAGGGCUACAUCUUAGAAAUGAAAGGGGAUGGGAGUGCAGAGGCUGUGAAUCAAACUCUAAAUCAACUGAAUCAUGAUCUUGCAAUUAAGUACAGCUCCUCCAACUUUCAGGUGUUUGGGUCAAUCCAAGGCUGUUCUUAAAGUCCAGACCCCUAGCGCGCGCACACACACACACACACACACACACACACACACACACACACACACGUGCAGUAGCCUGAAAGUUGUUGGUUCAAUUCCCGGCUUCCACCAUUGUGCCCUUGAGCAAGGCACUUAACCCCAAGUUGCUCCGGGGACAAAGUAAUCCUUUGUAAUAGUUCACAUAUUGUAAGUCACUUUGAACAAAAAAGUGUCUGCUAAUUAUGAUGUCAUGUAAUGUAAUGUAGCACACACACACACACACACACACACACACACACACACACACACACACACACACACACACACACACACACACACCUGUAGGUGAUUAUAACACUUCUCUAAUCACAAUGUGUGAUUUGUAUAGAAUUAUAUAUGACCUGUGUACGAUUUUAAUAAAAGUGUUCUAACUAAGUGA